UGGCAGAUUGGGACCACAAGUGUCUGGCAGUGUGGGCUGGGACCUUGUCACUGAGGCAGAGUCAUUUCAGGGCCCCCGAAGCAACUGCCGCAUGCUCUGCUGAGCACGGUACCAUGCUUCCCCGCUUCCUUCUGCUGCUGAGCAUCUUGGGCCCUGGCCACAAUCUUCAGUUGUGGGGCACCUGGGACCAGGGAACCAAGGAAGCCUUGAGCUCUGUGCAUCUCCGGGAACGGAGACAGGCAGACGUGGAUGAUAAUUAUGAGUACCCUGACUAUAGCCCAGAUGGCACAGAUCCCCCAGAAUUGCUGACAAAUGACACCAACACUGUGGCUGCACACACUGAGCCCCUGACCACAACCGUCAUGCUGGAGCAGAGAGGUUCUGGAACCUCUGAGUCAGCCACUGCCCAGGUUACCGCCACUAGCCCUGCUGGCCGAGAUGCAGGGGGGCUGGCUGUUGGAAUGCUGAGCACGGAGUCUGCCACACAGUGGAAGCCAACCACAGUGGAGAUGACUAUCCAACCAGCAGCCACGGAGGCAGAGACCUCACAGCCAAUACCCACGGAGGCAGAGACCUCACAGCCAGCAGCCACGGAGGCAGGGACCUCACAGCCAGCAGCCACGGAGGCAGAGACCUCACAGCCAGCAGCCACGGAGGCAGGGACCUCACAGCCAGCAGCCACGGAGGCAGGGACCUCACAGCCAGCAGCCACGGAGGCAGGGACCUCACAGCCAGCAGUCACGGAGGCAGAGACCUCACAGCCAGCAGCCACGGAGGCAGGGACCUCACAGCCAGCAGUCACGGAGGCAGAGACCUCACAGCCAGCAGUCACGGAGGCAGAGACCACCCAGUUUUCCAGGAGUCAGGUUGUAAAAAGUCGGUUCACAGAGUCCACAACCACAGAAGCCCCUUGCACAGAUCCCACUGCCACGGAGACCAGGUCCACAGAGCCUACUGACUCUAUCAUCUUCCUUGGGCCAUCUGUGAGUCACAAGGACAAGGAUGAGGCAACUGGCCACUUCAAUGGCAAUGGUUUGAAGAAUGAGCUGUUUGUGACCCCUGGGAGCUCCCUGGCUACAACGACCCCAGUGACCUCCGACCUCAUUCCCGUGAAGCAAUGCCUGCUGGCCAUCCUCAUCUUAGCCUCUCUGGCCACAAUCUUCCUCGUGUGCACGGUGGUGCUGGCGGUCCGCCUUUCCCGGAAGAACCACAUGUACCCGGUGCGGAACUACUCCCCCACGGAGAUGAUCUGCAUCUCAUCCCUACUACCCGAGGGGGGCGAAGGGGCCCCUGUCACGGCCAAUGGGGACCUGCCCAAGGUCCAGGACCUGAAGACAGAGCCCAGUGAGGACCGUGAUGGGGAUGACCUCACCCUGCGCAGCUUCCUUCCUUAGCCCCCUGGCUACCUGAGCAAGACCCUUGCUGGCUUCACCCUCCAUGCCCACCCACUGGUCACCAAGGCCACAGAUCGAGGCUACCUGGGUGAACUUUCUCCAUAGGGGUUGUGAGGGAAGAGACCUUGACCCACCCCAGUCAUGGCCCAGAACCUCCAAGGUCCUGCAGCUCCUGCUUCAUUCAUGGGGCCUGGUGGCCUCUAGGCCAAGGGCCACCGUAGCAGUUGCUGCUCCUGGACCCCUCUCUCUACCUGUUCGCUGUUUUUUCUGGGACCCCCUUCACCUCCCCAUCCUCCCAUCCUCCCCCCCCCCCCCCCCCGCCAGCUCCGCCAAUGCCUCCCAGUGCUGUGUGACUUCCUGCAGGGUCACUGGAGUCCUGACCCUCACAUCCCCAAGAAAGAGUUCCCUUACCAGACU